AUGGAUUACUUGAGGAUUGCCGAACUUUUUAUCCUCAACCAUGUGCUCUACGUGUUGAGCAAACCACUAAAUCGUACUCAGUUAAUUAGGGACAGCUUUGGUCCUAAGCUUAAUUAUCAGAACUAUCUACGUGACAUACCGGUAAUGAGAGAUGUCUCUUAUCCGCUGGAGGAAUAUUAUGACGCGGAAACUACAGCAAGGGAACUACAGCAGCUGAACAGACAUAGCAGAAAUAUGAUGCACGAAUAUCGCAAUCUUUGCGAAACAAUAACAAAAAAAGUGGAGAUUUUCGACGACGAUUACGAGUAUCAACCCCCACAUUAUUAUGAGGUCUACUGUAAGGGCUACUUGAUGUUGAGAGAAGACGAACGAAUGAUAAAACCAUUAGAACAAAAAUGCGUUUAUCCGGCAUUCCAUUGCGUGCAAAGAAAUCGGCUUUUAUUUUUGGUCAGACGACGUUGGAAUAGUGAAUGUUGGGAACCAUACACAAAAGAAAUCGCCAGUGGUUGUGACUGCAUGUGGCCAGUCACUAGCCUUGGCGAAAUAAACGAACACUAUUGAUUUAGUCAAAUUGUAUGUUAGUUAAUGUAUUAUUAAAUAGUGAAAGUAUAUCG